AUUGCCACUCAGAAUCCCCGCGCGCUGCUCAGAGCCGGAGGGAGCGCUGGGAGCGAGCAAGCGAGCGCUCGGAGCCCGGGCCAGCAGAGGGGGCGCCCGGUCGCUGCCUGUACCGCUCCCGCUGGCCAUCUCCGCCGCGCUCGGGGCCCCGGGAGGAGCGAGACCGAGUCGGAGAGUCCGGGAGCCGAGCCGGGCGAAACCCAACUGCGGAGGACGCCCGCCCCACUCAGCCGCCUCCUGCGCCCGAGCCGGGGAGCAUCGCCGAGCGCCCCGCGGGCCGGAGAGCUGGGAGCACAGGUCCCCGCAGCCCCAGGGAUGGUCUAGGAGCCGGCGCAAGGCUCGCUGCUCUGCUCCCUGCCGGGGCUAGCCGCCUCCUGUCGAUCGCCCAGGGCUGCGAGCUGCGGCGGCCCAGGGCUGCGCGCCGGGCGGCCCAGGCCGGAGAAGUUAGUUGUGCGCGCCCUUAGUGCGCUGAGCCAGCCAGCGAGCAAGGAGCAGCGAGGCGCCGGGACCAUGGGCUGGGGGAGCCGCUGCUGCUGCCCGGGACGUUUGGACCUGCUGUGCGUGCUGGCGCUGCUCGGGGGCUGCCUGCUCCCCGUGUGCCGGACGCGCGUCUACACAAACCACUGGGCAGUCAAAAUCGCCGGGGGCUUCCCGGAGGCCAACCGUAUCGCCAGCAAGUACGGAUUCAUCAACAUAGGACAGAUAGGGGCCCUGAAGGACUACUACCACUUCUACCAUAGCAGGACGAUUAAAAGGUCAGUUAUCUCAAGCAGAGGGACCCACAGUUUCAUUUCAAUGGAACCAAAGGUGGAAUGGAUCCAACAGCAAGUGGUAAAAAAGCGGACAAAGAGGGAUUAUGACUUCAGUCGUGCCCAGUCUACCUAUUUCAAUGAUCCCAAGUGGCCCAGCAUGUGGUAUAUGCACUGCAGUGACAAUACGCAUCCCUGCCAGUCUGACAUGAAUAUCGAAGGAGCCUGGAAGAGAGGCUACACGGGAAAGAACAUUGUGGUCACUAUUCUGGAUGACGGAAUUGAGAGAACCCAUCCAGAUCUGAUGCAAAACUACGAUGCUCUGGCAAGUUGCGACGUGAAUGGGAAUGACUUGGACCCAAUGCCUCGUUAUGAUGCAAGCAACGAGAACAAGCACGGGACUCGCUGUGCUGGAGAAGUGGCAGCCGCUGCAAACAAUUCGCACUGCACAGUCGGAAUUGCUUUCAACGCCAAGAUCGGAGGAGUGCGAAUGCUGGACGGAGAUGUCACGGACAUGGUUGAAGCAAAAUCAGUUAGCUUCAACCCCCAGCACGUGCACAUUUACAGCGCCAGCUGGGGCCCGGAUGAUGAUGGCAAGACUGUGGACGGACCAGCCCCCCUCACCCGGCAAGCCUUUGAAAACGGCGUUAGAAUGGGGCGGAGAGGCCUCGGCUCUGUGUUUGUUUGGGCAUCUGGAAAUGGCGGAAGGAGCAAAGACCACUGCUCCUGUGAUGGCUACACCAACAGCAUCUACACCAUCUCCAUCAGCAGCACCGCAGAAAGCGGAAAGAAACCUUGGUACCUGGAAGAGUGCUCAUCCACGCUGGCCACAACCUACAGCAGCGGGGAGUCCUACGAUAAGAAAAUUAUCACUACAGAUCUGAGGCAGCGUUGCACGGACAACCACACUGGGACGUCGGCCUCAGCCCCCAUGGCUGCAGGCAUCAUUGCACUGGCCCUGGAAGCCAAUCCGUUUCUGACCUGGAGAGACGUACAGCAUGUUAUUGUCAGGACUUCCCGUGCGGGACAUUUGAACGCUAAUGACUGGAAAACCAAUGCUGCUGGUUUUAAGGUGAGCCAUCUUUAUGGAUUUGGACUGAUGGAUGCAGAAGCCAUGGUGAUGGAGGCAGAGAAGUGGACCACCGUUCCCCGGCAGCACGUGUGUGUGGAGAGCACAGACCGACAAAUCAAGACAAUCCGCCCUAACAGUGCAGUGCGCUCCAUCUAUAAAGCUUCGGGCUGCUCAGAUAACCCCAACCGCCAUGUCAACUACCUGGAGCAUGUCGUUGUGCGCAUCACCAUCACCCACCCCAGGAGAGGAGACCUGGCCAUCUACCUGACCUCGCCGUCGGGAACUAGGUCUCAGCUUUUGGCCAACAGGCUAUUUGAUCACUCCAUGGAAGGAUUUAAAAACUGGGAGUUCAUGACCAUUCAUUGCUGGGGGGAAAGAGCUGCUGGUGACUGGGUCCUUGAAGUUUAUGAUACUCCCUCUCAGCUAAGGAACUUUAAGACUCCAGGUAAAUUGAAAGAAUGGUCUUUGGUCCUCUAUGGCACCUCCGUGCAGCCAUAUUCACCAACCAAUGAGUUUCCUAAAGUGGAACGGUUCCGCUAUAGCCGAGUUGAAGACCCCACAGACGACUAUGGCACAGAGGAUUAUGCAGGUCCCUGCGACCCUGAGUGCAGUGAGGUUGGCUGUGACGGGCCAGGACCAGACCACUGCAAUGACUGUUUGCACUACUACUACAAGCUGAAAAACAAUACCAGGAUCUGUGUCUCCAGCUGCCCCCCUGGCCACUACCACGCCGACAAGAAGCGCUGCAGGAAGUGUGCCCCCAACUGUGAGUCCUGCUUUGGGAGCCAUGGUGACCAGUGCCUGUCCUGCAAAUAUGGAUACUUUCUGAAUGAAGAAACCAACAGCUGUGUUACUCACUGCCCCGAUGGGUCAUAUCAGGAUACCAAGAAAAAUCUUUGCCGGAAAUGCAGUGAAAACUGCAAGACAUGUACUGAAUUCCAUAACUGUACAGAAUGUAGGGAUGGGUUAAGCCUGCAGGGAUCCCGGUGUUCUGUCUCCUGUGAAGAUGGACGGUACUUCAAUGGCCAGGACUGCCAGCCCUGCCACCGCUUCUGCGCCACUUGUGCUGGAGCAGGAGCUGAUGGGUGCAUUAACUGCACAGAGGGCUACUUCAUGGAGGAUGGGAGAUGCGUGCAGAGCUGUAGUAUCAGCUAUUACUUUGACCACUCUUCAGAGAAUGGAUACAAAUCCUGCAAAAAAUGUGAUACCAGUUGUUUGACGUGCAAUGGUCCAGGAUUCAAGAACUGUACAAGCUGCCCCAGUGGGUAUCUCUUAGACUUAGGAAUGUGUCAAAUGGGAGCCAUUUGCAAGGAUGGAGAAUACGUUGAUGACCAUGGCCACUGCCAGACCUGUGAGGCCUCAUGUGCCAAGUGCCGGGGACCAACCCAGGAAGACUGCACUGCCUGCCCCAUGACAAGGAUUCUUGAUGAUGGCCGCUGUGUUUCCAGCUGUCCCUCACGGAAAUUUGAAUUUGAGAACCAAUGCCAUCCAUGCCACCACACCUGCCAGAGAUGCCAAGGAAGCGGCCCUACCCACUGCACCUCCUGUGAAGCAGACAACUAUGGCCGAGUGUACUUCCUAUACCAGGGAGAGUGUCGAGAGAGCUGCCCAGAGGGCCACUAUGCCACUGAAGGGAAUACCUGCCUGCCCUGCCCAGACAACUGUGAGCUUUGCCACAACAUGCACAUCUGCACAAGAUGCACAAGGGGCUACUUCUUAGCGCCCACCAACCACACGUGCCAGAAGUUGGAGUGUGGACAAGGUGAAGUCCAAGACCCAGACUAUGAAGAAUGUGUCCCUUGUGAAGAAGGAUGUCUGGGAUGCAGCUUGGAUGAUCCAGGAACGUGCACAUCUUGCGCUGUGGGGUAUUACAGGUUUGAUCAGCAUUGUUAUAAAACCUGUCCUGAGAAGACCUACAGUGAGGAACUGGAAUGCAAGGCAUGUGACAGUAAUUGUGGCAGCUGUGACCAGAAUGGGUGUUACUGGUGUGAAGAGGGCUUCUUUCUCUUGGGUGGCAGUUGUGUGAAGAAAUGUGGCCCUGGAUUCUAUGGUGACCAAGAAAUGGGAGAUUGUGAGCCCUGCCACCAAGAGUGCGAAACCUGCACAGGCCCUGGUCAUGACGAGUGCAGCAGCUGCUGGGAAGGACUGCAGCUGCUGCGUGGGGUGUGCGUGCGUGUCACCCAGACCCAGGAGGAGGGCAAAUUCUGGAAUGAAGCUGUGCCCAUUGCAAACCUAUCUGUGGUGAAGAGCCUGCUGCAAGAGCGACGAAGGUGGAAAGUUCAAAUCAAAAGAGAUACUUUGAGACAAUCCCAGCCUUGUCAUUCUUCUUGUAAAACCUGCAAUGGAUCUGCAACUCUGUGCACUUCAUGUCCCAAAGGUGCAUAUCUUCUGGCUCAGGCCUGUGUUUCCUCCUGUCCCCAAGGCACAUGGCCUUCCGUAAGGAGCAGGAGCUGCGAGAACUGUUCGGAGGCCUGUGCCGUCUGCUCUGGAGCCGAUCUUUGCAACAAGUGCCGGAUACAGCUGGGCCUCCCUCUCUUCCUCCAUGAAGGCAGGUGCUACUCCAAGUGCCCGGAGGGCUCUUACGCAGAAGAUGGCGUGUGUGAACGUUGUAGCUCUCCUUGCAGAACGUGUGAAGGAAACACCACCAACUGCCAUUCUUGUGAAGGAGGCCUCGUCCUGCACCACGGAGUGUGCUGGGAAACCUGCCCCGAGAGGCACGUGGCUGUGGAGGGGGUGUGCAAGCAUUGUCCAGAGAUGUGUCAGGACUGCAUCCAUGAGAAAACAUGCAAAGAGUGCAUGCCUGAGUUCUUCCUGCAUGAUGAUAUGUGCCACCAGUCCUGUCCCCGUGGCUUCUACUCAGACUCGCGCCACUGUGUCCCCUGCCAUAAAGACUGUCUGGAGUGCAGUGGCCCCGAAGUCGACGACUGCGAGCUCUGUCGUGAGAGUUCCUGGGUCCUCUAUGAUGGGCUGUGCUUGGAGGAGUGUCCAGCAGGAACCUAUUAUGAAAAAGAGACUAACGAGUGCAGAGAUUGUCACAAGUCCUGCUUGACCUGCUCAUCGUCUGGGACCUGCACCGCCUGUCAGAAAGGCCUGAGGAUGAACCCUCAUGGGAGCUGCCUGGCCAACAAGAAAUGUGGCCCCUCCGAGUACUGGGAUGAGGAUGCUCCUGAGUGCAAGCCCUGCCACACUAAGUGCUUCCACUGCACGGGGCCGGCGGAGGACCAGUGUCAAACAUGCCCCAGGAUCAGCCUUCUUCUCAACACAACCUGUGUGAAGGACUGCCCAGAGGGCUAUUAUGCUGAUGAGGACAGCCACCAGUGUGCCCGCUGCCACAGCUCUUGCAGGACAUGUGAAGGGAGACACAGCAGGCAGUGCCACUCCUGCCGACCAGGCUGGUUCCAGCUGGGAAAAGAGUGCCUGCUCCAGUGCAGGGAAGGGUAUUACGCAGACAACUCCACCGGCCGGUGUGAGAGGUGCAACAGGAUCUGCAAGGGGUGCCAGGGCCCACAGCCCACAGACUGCCUGUCUUGCGAUAGAUUUUUCUUUCUGCUCCGCUCCAAAGGAGAGUGUCAUCCCUCCUGCCCAGACCAUUACUAUGUAGAGCAAAGUACACAGACCUGUGAGAGAUGCCAUCCGACUUGUGAUCAAUGCAAAGGAAAAGGAGCGUUGAAUUGCUUAUCCUGUGUGUGGAGUUACCACCUCAUGGGAGGGAUCUGCACCUCGGACUGUCUUGUUGGGGAAUACAGAGUGGGAGAGGGAGAGAAGUUUAACUGUGAAAAAUGCCACGAGAGCUGCAUGGAAUGCAAGGGACCAGGGGCCAAGAACUGCACCUUGUGCCCCGCCAACCUGGUGCUGCACAUGGACGACAGCCGCUGCCUCCACUGCUGCAACACCUCCGAUCCCACCAGUGCCCAGGAGUGCUGUGACUGCCAGGACACCACGGAAGAGUGCAUCCUUCGAACAAGCAAGGUUAGGCCUGCAGCUGAGCACUUCAAGACAGCUCUAUUCAUCACCUCCUCUGUGAUGCUGGCACUUCUGCUCGGGGCAGCUGUGGUCGUGUGGAAGAAAUCUCGUGGCCGAGUCCAGCCAGCAGCAAAGGCCGGCUAUGAAAAGCUGGCCGACCCCAACAAGUCUUACUCCUCCUAUAAGAGCAGCUAUGGAGAGAGCACCAGCUUUGAAGAGGAUCAGGUGAUUGAGUACAGGGAUCGGGACUAUGAUGAGGAUGAUGAUGAUGACAUCGUCUACAUGGGCCAGGAUGGCACAGUCUACCGGAAAUUUAAGUAUGGGCUGCUGGAUGACGAUGACGAAGAUGAGCUGGAAUACGAUGACGAGAGUUACUCCUACUACCAGUAAACAGGCACCCCCCACCACCACCACCAUUCCACUCUCAGGCAUGCCUGUGAGCAUCACUGUUUUUGGUUUUAUCCCCACACCUGGCUGAUGUGUGAGUGUUUCUAUUUGUCUUCGUUAACCAUGAAUCCAACCAGAAUAUGUAAGAAUGAUGAAAUACUUUGUUCUUUUGAGUGGCUAAACUCAAUUAACAGUUCCUGUUCAACCAUAAUUGAAGAGCAAGCAUAAAAUUCAGAGGAAUUUUCCUCAAAAUAAUGUGUCAAGACACAAAAAUGCAGAAAGUAAAAACAAAUGAGAUUUGUACAAACCCUUCUAUGUGAUUGAAAAAAAAAAAAAAAAAAAGGACAGUAGAUCUACAGAAAUUCUGCUUCCAAGCUGCAUUGUGGAGGUGUCUGCUGCCUCCUGGUAUUCUAACUUUUCUUUAUCUAAUUUUGGGGAUAAUGGAGGUACAAAGGACUUGUUGGUUUGGUGGUGUUUUUCUCCCCUUUAGCUGUCUUUAGGCAGAGAUUUUUUUUGUAAGGGCCAAGAAAAGAGGGCUCUUAUCAAUUGACUCCAGGCCACCUCUGGUGAGCAGAAGAGACCACCUGGGCUGGGCUGCUCAGGACCUACUUGAGAUAAGGGAAGAAAAGAGAAGGUGCAUCAUAGCUGAGGAGUCAUGAGGUCCCCAGGCCCUAGUUCCUCCGCAGGAAUCCACAGUCACAACGUUUCUAAAGGCAGAGCAAGCCCAGCGAGAAAGAAAUCACUGAGUUUCCAGGAACUGCACUCUCAUGAUUUUCUGGGUACUUUUCGCCUGGGAGUUGCCUGGGAUGUCAUCAGGUAAGACAUCAAAUACUAAAAGAGAAAUAGCAGUGUGAACCUAACAUAAAAUGGAAUAAAAUGACAAACACUUCAUCUACUCUAAAAAAUUCAGAGCUUUCCUUCAUCAACAACCCAUCACAAAACCGUGGGCUCUCCAUAGAAAGAGUUGGAAUCGAGUCUAACAUGGAAAAAAAAAAAUCCCAAUAUGCUGCUCACAAGCUGUACUUUGGCUGCUGACCAGCCUUCCAGCACUGCUCAUCACUAUGAUUUUUGUUUCUAGACUUCCUAGGCUUCCCUUUUUCCAUUCUUCUGUCAAGUGUGUUCUUGGAUUCACGUACCUGAGGACGGUUUUUCUCCAGAUUGUAACACAGAGAGGGGCUCUUGCUAUGCAAAAUGAUGUUGGCAGGGUCUUACAGAUUUCCUUGUCAAAGCAGACCUUACAGGCAGUACUAGGAAUGGAGCACCAGAAAGCAAAAGUGACAUUUUCAGAGAAUGAUGAUAAUUAUAAUCUAUUGCACACCUACUACCAGAUAACAAGCUAAGUAAUUCCCCCCAAAAAAUGCCCCACUUACCCAUUUUGGUACUUACCAUACUCCCAUGAGGCUGGUAUGGCUAUUAUUCUGUUCUUAUAGGAAACCUAAGGCUUACUAGAGGUUAGAUAACUAGCCCAAGGUCAUGCAAAGCUCAUCAAGAUUCAAGAAAAAAGAAUGACUACCCUAAAGCAUGUGUUCUUGUAACUAUGCUAGUGACAUAAGGUGGGAAAUAAGCAUCCUAAAUAUAAAGGCAAGCCUAUUAUUUUAGUCUAUAAUAUCAAUCUUAUCUUUACUAAAUUCAUGUAUUUUCUUUUUUUAACAUAAUGUAUCACUGACACAGAAAAUCUUUAUGAAGAAGUCUUCAGUUUACUAAAGGCUUGUGUUUCUUUAGAGGAAAGCUCUUAAAACAGGGCUGACAAACAGUCUCUGGAAAGAGGCAGCUAGUAAGUACAUUAGGCUUUCUUGGCCAGAAAGUCUUGUCAUAACCACUCAGCUUUGCUAUUGUAGCAUGAAUGCAGCUGUACAUAAUGGAUGAGUGAACUGUGCUUCAAUAAAACCUUCUUUAUGGACACUGAAAUUUGAAUUUCAGAUAAUUUUAUUCUUCUUUUGAUUUUUUUCAACCUUUUAAAAAUUUAAAAAUGCAAAAACUGUUCUUAAUUAACAGCAUUACAAGAACAGGUGGUGGGUCAGAUUUGGCCAACAGGCUAUACUUUGCUGACUUUAUCUUUAAAACACUUUUCAGAGAUCAUACACGUACAUGUAUGAUAUGCCUUCAAAAUUUUUGAUCAUUUAAAAUUAUCUCCUUGGCCAGGCAUGGUGGCUCAUACCCGUAAUCCCAGAACUUUUGGAGACUGAGGCAGGCAGAUCACCUGAGGUCAGGAGUUUGAGACUAGCUUGGCCAACAUGGUGAAACCCCAUCUCUACUAAAAAUACAAUAAAAAGCUGGGCGUGUUGGUGCACACCUGUAAUCCCAGCUACUCAGGAGGCUGAGGCAGGCAAAUCACUUGAGCCCGGGAGGCAAAGGUUGCAGUGAGCUGAGAUGGCACCAGUUCACUCCAGCCUGGGUGACAGAGCAAGACUCUGUCUCAAAAAAAAAUAGCUAAAUAAAUAAAUAAAUAAAAUUAUCUCCUUGCCAGGAGUGGUGGUUCGUGCCUGUAACCCCAGCACUUUGGGAGACUGAGGCAGGAGGAUUGCUUGAGCCCAGGAGUUCGACAUCAGCCUUGGGCAACAUAGUGAGACCCCCAUGUCUACAAAUUUUAAAAAUUAGCCAGGCAUGGUGGCAAGUGCCUGUAGUCUCAGCUACUCAGGAGGCUGAGGUGGAAGGAUCACUUGAACCCCAGAGGUCAAGGCUGCAGUGACCUGUGAUCUUGCUAUUGCACUUCAGCCUGAGUGACAGAGCUAAGACCCUCUCUCAAAAUAAAUACAUAACAUUAUCUCUUCAAAAUGUAUCUGAAGCCCUGAUAGUUCUCCUUUCAAUCCUUAGAAACAUAUAAAAAUAUAUGCACGAUAGCCAUCAUAUCAAUGGAAGACUUUCUCAUCUCUGUAGUUGCAGUUAGCUUACAAAAACAAGCAAUUUUGCUUAUACUUUGUUGUUCAUCUUCCAUGAUAAUUCUAAAGCUCUGAUAGACUGAGUUUGACAUUUUUUUCUGUAAACUAGAAAUUGUUUUCUAUGAAAAAAAAUCUGUGUUUAUGAUACACAGUUAAAGAUUGGUUGAGGUUGAGAUGAACUUCAAUACUGAGAAAAAUUGUGGUGUUCCUCUAUGUGGCCUGCAAUGAAAAGAAGGUUCAUGCUUGUGUAUUGAGGUUUGACAUCUUUCCUUCUUUAUUUUUAGUCAUGCAACGUCAUUCUCAGAUGGCUUUUGAAUACUAUGCUAAUGACUAUCUAAAUAGAUAAAUAUGUGGUUGGAAAACAAAGUCACCUUUUAGUUUUCUGCUUGUAAAUCACUUGGAAAUAUUAAGAGAAUCCUUGUAGACUGGAAACACACCAAGAGGCUGGGUAAAGCAUGGAAGGUUCUAGUUAAUAGAAAGUAAUUUUAAAAUUGGAAAUAAAAUUAAAUCAAGACCA